UUGCCUGGUCCUGGGCCCCGGGGCAGCCCUGCCGUCCCGUCAGCAUCCUGCUUGACGUUUCCGUCAGUGUUUUGGAAGCCUGAGUUCUGUAGGAAGCCCAGGUGUCCGGGUGACAUUUCUUCUAAGCCCCAAGAGAGUGAGUCACGGACCAGGAAACAGGAGCCCGUGUGUUCCCUGCGCCGAGCGGGGCUCCAGGAGGGGCCGUGGAGCGGGGAGGCCCCAGAGGACCCCCCACGUCUGCCUGCGGGUCCGUGCAGCUGGGCGGGUCGCUCAUGCUGCUUCUCAUUAGCCCUUGUCACGUGCUGUGUCUCACCCUCCUGGGUAAAUGCUGAAGUCAGUGAAGAUCCAGUUCCCACCCCCGAGAUGCUGGCUGCCAAAAGGGGACGGCCCCUCCCGUCAGCCUUCCCCAGACAGACCGCAGGGCCUCGGAGCAGACAGCCGUCCCGGUGCUGAGAGUGGCCCGGGCAGGCGGCAUGGUUCUGUGCUGGGUGUGUGGGAGCCAGGCCAGGUGCCGCCGGUUCUCUGCCUCCCGGGCCCGCAGAGCCUGAGGGUCUCCACAGGCCAUGCAGUUGUGCCAAGGUGCCCCGGGCAUGGCCACGGCCGAGGUGCCUGGCUACCUCGUGUCCCCGCAGGCCGAGAAGCACCGGCGGGCCCGCAACUGGACGGACGCUGAGAUGCGCGGCCUCAUGCUCGUCUGGGAGGAGUUCUUCGACGAGCUCAAGCAGACCAAGCGCAACGCCAAGGUGUAUGAGAAGAUGGCCAGCAAGCUGCUGGAGAUGACGGGCGAGCGCCGGCUGGGCGAGGAGAUCAAGAUCAAGAUCACCAACAUGACCUUUCAGUACAGGAAAUUAAAAUGCAUGACAGAUAGCGAGUCCGUCCCGCCCGACUGGCCCUAUUACCUAGCCAUUGAUAGGAUUCUGGCCAAGGUCCCCGAGUCCUGUGAUGGCAAACUGCCGGACGGCCAGCAGCCGGGGCCCUCCACGUCCCAGACCGAGGCGUCCCUGUCGCCGUCUGCUAAGUCCACCCCUCUGUACUUACCGUAUAACCAGUGCUCCUACGAAGGCCGCUUCCAGGACGACGGCUCCGACAGCUCCUCCAGCUUACUGUCCCUUAAGUUCAGGUCGGAGGAGCGGCCCGUGAAGAAGCGCAAGGGGCAGGGCGGCCAUCUGCAGAGGAAGAAGCUGCGGCUGCUGGAGGCCCUGCUGGAGGAGCAGCGCCGGCUGAGCCGCGCCCUGGAGGAGACCUGCCGCGAGGUGCGCCGCGCGCUGGACCAGCACAGCGUCUUGCAGGCCCAGAGCCUGCAGCUGCAGGAGCGAAUGAUGAGUCUGCUAGAGCGCAUCAUCGCCAAGUCCGGCGUCUAGGCCGCCCGGGCCCCGCCCCCGGAAUGGCCCGGGCCACGCCCCCAGCCUGGGCCCCGCCCCUGACCUGGUCCUCAAUCAGGAAAGGCCCAGGCCUGGGCCCCGCCCCCGGCAUGGGCCACGCCCCGGAAAGGCCCCGCCUCCGGCCUGGGCCCCGCCCCCGAAAUUCGUCCUGGACCACGCCCCCAGCCUGGGACACGCCCCGGAACGGCCCCGCCCCGACCUGGGCCACGCCCCGGAACAGCCCGGGCCCCGCCCCUGCGGCCACUCCCGGCCGCAGACUAACCCGCCUCGGGCGGGGGGACCCCGGCGUAAAGGCCGUCCCUGGACAUCCGGCCCCGGGACUCCGGGUCACUGCAGGGCGGCUCCCCUGGAACGCCUGGAAUCUGCCAUCCGGUGUUGUCAGUGUCGACGGUACUGGAAGCGGCUAUUGACGUUAAUUGUGUGCUUUUCACAACUUCUGGGAGCAGGGCUCAUGGCUGGGCAUGGAGGGAGGCAGCCGGCCGUCCCUCUGAAGACGACCCAGGUAGAGGCGGCUCCGUGGCAGGUGUGCGCGCAGGUGCCCCCUCGCUGGGCCUGCAUUGGCCCUGAGACCCCAGUGGGCUGGACGCCCUCCAGUGGCCUUUUAUCUACCACCCCACCCCCACUCCGGGACGUGGGGCCUCUGGACCCCCAUCAGCAACAGCUCAAUAAAAACGAUGAUCCUGUCCAUGCA